CCAAAUACAAAAUUACGAAAAAAAUUUAUCACAAUGACACAAUGUCACAUGAGAGUGCCAAUCAAAAUAAUUCCUGAUCGGCGAAACUAAUGUUCCGGACAAGACAGAUAUGAAUAUUUCGGUUAUGACUAGGAAGCUUGCAAAGCCAAUAUCUAUUUUUUUGUUCAGAACUUUGGGGACCUUAUUAGGUAGAGAACAUAAACUUUUGAAUAUUGACGUUGGGGUAAAUGAAAUCGGAUUAGAGUUAAUGUUGGGAUAUUAUGUUAGUAUAGAUAGUUUAGAUGAACGAAACACUGGUGUGCUCCUAGCUGAGAAUGCCAAGAUUAAGGCUGAAAAUGCCGAGGUUAAAGCCGAAAAUGCUAAAUUAAGGCAGGCUAUAGAAGAGAAUGAAGCCAGAUUCGUAAAACUAGAGCAGAGUGAUAAAGAAAAGGCUGAGCUCAUUGCAGAACUAAAUUGUGAUAUCAGGAAAAUCAAACAGGAGCAAAUUGCUAUUAAUGUUUUAGUGCAAGACGGGACAUCUGUGGUGAAAUCUUCCACUUGUUCAGAAUUACAGGUGACUUCCCAAUCAUCCAUUUCACCUCCUAUUGAGGGUAACUCUGAGAAUAGCUCCAAUGUAACUCAAUCCACUCAUGCAGGGUCUAAAUUAUUGGAGGAUAGACAGACCGAUGAAUUCCUGAUUUCGAAUAAUUCCUCUAUGCCCCUAGAAGAUUCUGUGGAAACUGAAACUAAUACAAGCAGUUCGCAAUCAUCAAUCAAAUUGAAUGAAGAUGAUGUCCAAGUUAUUGAUGGAAAUCAGGAGCUUACAACUGACAUGACAAUAGAAGUUGAGCUUGCUCAUCUAUUUCUAGAAGUAAGUAUUGAAGGAAAGAACACUACUCAAGCUAAACAAAAAGAGAUUUCAUGUCGCUACUCAUAUGGGAAAAGGUUCGAAGAAAGUGUUCAAGAAAUUAUUGCCAGAAAUAAUGUUUCAGAUCAGACGGCAAGAAAACAAUUAUUCCAGGAUAUAAUAAAGCAUCUUUCUGGAAUAACACUGGAAACCUUACGUAAAAGAACCCAAAGGGCCAUAAAGAUUUACAAACUGUUUGAAAAGAUAGGAGUAGAUAGAAUUAAGAAUAUCAAAUCUUACAGUGCGGAUUCUAUUUCAAAGUUUACUAAGCCUCAAAUCCAAAUUAUUCUGAAUUAUUUCGGUGGAUCUUGCUAUGCUGAUACGGAUAUAAAAAAUCCUAACUCAUAUUCUGAAUGCAAAGAUAUAGAAAAAGUGAGUCCUAAAUUCCUACUUGAGAAAAGCCAAGGGUCUGUCCCAAAAAAAUUACCAGAUGUUAAGAUAUGCACUCUGCCCACUUCUCAAACUUUGAAAACCAAUCAAACUAAUGCAUUAGAGGUGCAAGAGAAAUACUUGGAUUCAGUUGAAGUAAGUACAUCGGCAAAUGUAUUUUCUUCCAGUCAAUCUAAUCCAACCUAUAACCGCACCUAUUUUCGCAACAAGAUAUUGGAUCAAUAUUCUAAUCUAUAUAGAGAAUGUAGUAUUGAAAAUUUUGACUAUUGUGGGAUUACUGAUGAAACAACAUGUGGAGACUAUAUCUGCCCAUUAUGCAAAUUAGGCCAUGAUGAUGCACUGGUCGAAAUCAAAACUUUCGACCGUUAAGAGCUUUCGGCAUAAUUUUUGCCGAUUGGUCAUGUGAUUCGUCACAUUUUUUGACCAACGGCAAAAAUCGGUAAAAUCAAUCACAAAUCGACUGAUACUGAUUGUUAAACGAAAACUCGUUCAGUCUUUUGGUGAAAAAUCGACUUAUACCGAUUGUUAUACGAAAACUUGUUCCUUUAAGGUCGUUCAGUAAAUUUUGCCGAUUGGUCACAUAAAUCGACACAAUUUUGCCAAAUAGUAAAAAACAUUAUUUUUUAAUUCGAAUUUUAUACUUUGUUUACAUUGUUUAUAUUCAGUGC